GCCGGGCCCUCCUCCCUCGCUCCCUCCCCGCCCGGCGGAGAGGGGUCGGGGGAGGGGGCAGCAUGGCCUGGCCGGCCGGCCCCUUUUCCAGCGCUCAUCUGCCCCGGGAGUGCGGCGCCGCUCCUCGCAGGGAGAAGAGGUCCGAAUGGAGACAGACGGCAGCCAGCCCGGCCUCGCCUCCCCGGACUCCCCGCACGACCCCUGCAAAAUGUUCAUCGGGGGCCUGAGCUGGCAAACCACGCAAGAGGGUUUGCGGGAGUACUUCAGCCAGUUCGGCGAGGUGAAGGAGUGCCUGGUGAUGCGGGACCCGCUGACAAAGAGAUCCAGGGGCUUCGGGUUCGUCACGUUCAUGGACCAGGCUGGCGUCGACAAGGUUCUGGCCCAAUCCAGACAUGAACUGGACUCCAAGACGAUUGACCCGAAGGUAGCGUUCCCCCGCCGAGCACAGCCCAAGAUGGUGACCCGAACGAAGAAGAUAUUUGUGGGUGGUCUGUCAGUGAACACUACUGUGGAGGAUGUGAAACAGUACUUCGAGCAGUUCGGGAAGGUGGACGAUGCGAUGCUGAUGUUUGACAAGACAACCAACCGACACCGAGGGUUUGGCUUUGUCACGUUUGAAAGUGAAGACAUUGUGGAAAAAGUCUGUGAAAUCCACUUCCACGAGAUCAACAACAAAAUGGUGGAGUGCAAAAAAGCCCAGCCGAAGGAGGUGAUGUCCCCGACGGGCUCAGCGCGAGGGCGGUCCCGAGUCAUGCCUUACGGGAUGGAUGCCUUCAUGCUCGGGAUCGGCAUGCUGGGUUAUCCAGGCUUCCAGGCUGCCACCUACGCGAGUCGAAGUUACACUGGCAUCGCGCCCGGCUACACUUACCAGUUCCCUGAGUUCCGUGUAGAGCGGACCCCUCUCCCGAGUGCCCCCGUCCUCCCUGAGCUCACAGCAAUCCCCCUCACUGCGUAUGGACCAAUGGCGGCAGCAGCGGCGGCGGCGGCCGUGGUGCGAGGGACAGGUUCCACCCCCAGUCGCACCGGCGGAUUUCUGGGCACCACCAGCCCCGGGCCGAUGGCGGAGCUUUACGGAGCCGCCAACCAGGACUCAGGGGUCAGCAGCUACAUCAGCGCUGCCAGCCCGGCCCCGAGCACCGGCUUCGGCCACAGCCUAGGGGGGGUUUUAACUCUUUCCUCGCAGGGUCCCUUGAUUGCAACAGCUUUUACCAAUGGGUAUCACUGAAGCUGGGGACCAAGGAGGCAGGAGAUUCCCCAGUGACCUAACCGAGGACAGCGGCUGGAGGAUCUGGUGAGCCUCGGGGGAUGAGCCACGGUUACCUUUUUCUCGAGUCAAACUGCACACUGCCGGCCGGCUGCCAGGCUCCUGCCGCCCUGCCCUGAUCUCUCCCUUUGAGCAGACCACACUGGACUGAACCCGAGGAGAUCAUCUCGCUUUCUUACUAACCACCGACGGUUUACGCUUCCCCCUCCCCUGCCCCCAGCCCACCGGUUCUUCUUUUAUUUAUUUUAUUAGCUGUUAGUUUUAUUUUUUUAUUUUAUUUUUUUAUCUUUUUUGGGGCUCCCCCUUCUUUUUGUUGUUUGCUCUUUCCUGAGCUAGUAGACAUAUUUUAUGAAUUGGCUUUGUGAUUGUGUUAGGUAGUUUUUAUUGAGGAGUAUUUUUAUUUGGCUUUGAAACUGUUUUGAAUAUUUUCAACUCUGUUGUUGUUGUCGUCAGUGUUUUUAAAGCACGGUAUGUAACAAGAAUGCAGUUCUGAAGGAAAGAACGAGACGCAGAGAGAGCAGAGGAUGAGAGGAACUGAUGUAUUUCUAUUUUUUUUAAAGAAACUGUUUUUAAUUGUUUCUGUUUUGUAAAUGUGAGGCUUUGAAAAGUGUGAAACUCCAAGGAUCCGAAAACGUUGGACAUCGCUAUGGAACAAAACAAAUGUAUAUUUUGCUAAGUGAAAAACACUAUCUUACAGCUGAAAGAUUUUUUUUUUUGUUUUCCUAGGUUUAGUUUUACGUGGGAUUUUCUUUUUCCUCCUGUAUAAUAUGUAAAUAUCGCGAGCUGAACCUGGCUGCCACGUGCAGCCUGGCUCCGAGGAGCAGCUCCAGGUCCUGGACUUGGUGCCGCAGUGUGAGCAAUACUCUCCAGCAGAAUCCUGACAGGACUCCGUUCUUUUUUUGUACACCUUUUACUGUAAGAUUUUAAGACCUCUGAUGAGACGAAAGGGGGGGUGGGGGCGGGGGUGAAACGUACCGGCCACCGGCUGUUUUGCUGAGCGGGUCAAAGCUGCUUCCAAUCGCUCGAUGUACAGACUCCAUCGCUGGGCUCCGCAGUGCCAGCCUCUGGUUUGGCUUUAGGUAAAGGGCUUUGCCGCCACUGUUUGUCUGGGUUACUUUGGAAGGAAUCCACUCUCCAAACACUUA